CAAAACCUAAGCAAUGGGGCCAUAGUAUGACAAAACUACAUAUCUAACCAGACAAAACCUGUGAGAGAGAGAGAGAGAGAGAGAGAGAGAGGGAGAGAGGAAGAAAUGGAGAGGGAGAUGAGGCGGCGACGGUGGUUGCUGUGGCUGACCAUGGCAAUGGCGGUGGCCGGGAGCAGUGGUGCAGUGAGAGGGGCAGAGGUGACAUAUGAUGGAAGAUCGCUCAUCAUCGACAGGCAGAGGAAGAUACUCUUCUCCGGUUCCAUUCACUACCCUCGCAGCACUCCUCAGAUGUGGCCGUCUCUGAUAAAGAAAGCAAAGGAAGGGGGGGUCGACGUGAUUCAGACGUAUGUUUUCUGGAACUUACACGAGCCUUGGCCCGGUCAGUAUAACUUCAGUGGAAGAUACGACCUGGUGGGAUUCAUAAACGAAAUACAAGCACAAGGGCUCUAUGUUUGUCUUAGAAUUGGCCCAUUCAUUGAAGCCGAAUGGGCUUACGGGGGAUUCCCUUUCUGGCUGCAUGAUGUCCCGGGAAUUGUAUUCCGGACUGAUAACGAGCCCUUCAAGUUCUACAUGCAGAAGUUUACAACAAAGAUAGUGAACUUGAUGAAGUCCGAAGGUCUAUACGCUUCACAGGGAGGUCCCAUAAUUUUGUCUCAGAUAGAGAAUGAAUACCAAAAUAUCGAAGCGGCCUUUCAGGAGCAAGGGCCAUCUUAUGUUCAAUGGGCAGCAAGCAUGGCAGUUGGGCUCAAUACUGGAGUUCCAUGGGUUAUGUGCAAGCAGACUGAUGCUCCCGAUCCAGUGAUCAAUACGUGCAACGGGAUGAGAUGUGGAGAGACAUUUACAGGACCAAACUCUCCGAAUAAGCCGGCACUUUGGACUGAGGACUGGACAUCCUUCUAUGAAGUGUAUGGUAAAGGGCCGUACAUUAGGUCCGCUGAAGACAUUGCAUUCCACGCAGCACUCUUUAUUGCGAAAAUGAACGGAAGUUACAUAAACUAUUAUAUGUACCAUGGAGGAACCAACUUUGGGAGGACUGGAUCUGGAUAUGUGAUAACGAGUUAUUAUGAUCAAGCCCCCAUCGAUGAGUAUGGCCUUAAAAGGCAACCUAAGUGGGGACACCUUAGGGAAUUGCAUGCCGCGGUUAAGAACUACUCUGCGCCUCUGCUGCAAGGAGCGAAGGCGAAUUUCUCUAUCGGCCCCCUUCAACAGGCAUAUGUUUUUGAAGAAGAAACGGGAGGAUGUGUAUCAUUUCUCGUAAACAAUGAUCCCACAAACAAUGCUACUGUACAGUUUCGCAAUAUAUCGGUUGAACUUCCUCCAAAGUCUAUUAGUAUUCUAGGAGACUGCAACAAUGUGAUUUUUAACACUGCAACCGUUAAUGUAGAAGGCAAUACAAGAACCACAACAGUCAGCUGGAAAUUUGACUCCGACGACAAGUGGGAAGAAUUUGAAGAUGUGAUCCCACAUUUCUCAGAUACUACACUAAUAUCGGGUACAUUGUUAGAGCAGAUGAACACGACGAAGGACAUUUCCGAUUAUCUCUGGUACACAUUCAGAUUUCAGCCUAAUUCUUCCUGCAACACGCCGGUACUUCACGUAGAGUCUCACGCACAUGCUGCGCAUGCUUUUGUAAAUGAUUUGCACAUAGGUGCUGCUCAUGGAAAUCAUGAUGUGAAAGUAUUCACACUGGAGUAUCCGAUUCCCUUGCAGGAUGACAUGAACAACAUCUCCAUUCUCAGCAAUAUGGUCGGACUGCCGGAUUCAGGGGCUUUUAUGGAAAGUAAAGUCGCGGGGCUGACCCAAGUUGAAAUACAAUGUGAUCAGAAUGAGGUGUACAAUUUUACGGAAUAUUUGUGGGGUUAUCAGGUGGGACUACUCGGGGAGAAGUUGCAGAUAUAUGAAGAACAGAACUUGGAACAGGUCGAUUGGAGCAGCGGGACUUCCCUGAAUCAGCCACUCACUUGGUACAAGAGCGUUUUCGACAUUCCAGAGGGCUCCGAACCGCUUGCUCUGAACCUAAGCACAAUGGGGAAAGGAGAAGCCUGGGUUAACGGACAAAGUAUCGGCCGCUAUUGGGUUUCAUUUCUUGCGCCCUCAGGAAGUCCAUCACAAAUAUUGUAUCAUGUUCCUCGAUCAUUUGUAGAACCAUCGGGGAAUCUGUUGGUUCUGCUAGAAGAAGAUGGAGGGGAUCCCCUAGGUGUCACCUUAGUCACCGUAUCAACUGACGAUAUAAAGGAGAAGAGUUCUACACCGUCACCUUCCAUUGAUACAAACUCAAAAUAUUCUUUGCCAGACACGAGGAUGAGAAGAGGUGAUUUGAAAUUUUCUUGAAGAUUGGCAAUCGAAAACAACAUGAUUCUUUGUCUUCAAUUUCCACAUAGACCAGAUUUGCCAAACUCGGGCCAUGUCCUUUGCCUCUCAACUUCUUACAUAUAUAAUUCUUGCCUUAACACAGGAGAUAGACGUUAGUCUUGUCCAUAUCUUACUCUUAUCUACAAAACUGCUUGGAACAUGUUAAGUAUGUUUAUCAUCUGGUCUUUCUUUCGGCACGUACCAACAGAUGUUUGUCCAUCCGGAAAAUAAGCCCGAGACUGAAAGAAGAAUUUAAUAUC